CUUCUACAACAAAGUAGUUUGUUUUUCAGAACAAAGUAACAGCGACUUUAAAAAUGUUUCUUUUAAUUGUAUUGGCAUGCAUUUCUCUCUCCCAGGCCAGUCAACUCCUCUACGGUGCUUAUCCUUACGCUCGUCCUUACCAAGCCGGAUAUUACGUCAGGGAGCCUCAUCGCCACGAGCACGUUGAAGUAGCUCGAGACCACGGAGGUGCAGUUGCCGGACGAUAUGGUUACCUCGAUGCCAGUGGAAUUGGUCGACAAGUCCACUACGUCGCUGACCACGCCGGGCUUAGGGCUAAUGUACACACCAAUGAACCAGCAGUUGUCCGCAACGCACCACUCGCCGCUGGUAUUGUUUCUGACGGUCUUCUCGCUCGUGGUGUAGCUGCUGCAGUUGCUUCCUAUAAUCCAGCCCUCGGUUACGAUUAUGGAUUGAAUCCAUAUGGUUUGGCAUACAACAGAUUUGGUCUUGGAUACGGCUAUGGAAGUGCUUUGGGAUACACUGGUCUUUUGGGUAGUUACCCAAGUCUUUAUGCUUAAAUGUUUUUCGACCAAAUGAGAACGAAUUUUCCAAUAUCAUUUGAAAAUGUGAUGACUGAAUUCUUGAAUUUCAUUAUUUCAAUUUAUUUUGAUUUUCUAAUUUCUAUGUUUUUUUUAUUCUUUUUACCAUACAAUUUUGUAUUUGCUUGCUCUUUUUUACCUGAUACUGUUGAACGC